AACCAAGCCUGAUCGGCCGAGCCAGCGGGGCGUGUGAGCCAUGAGUCUCGAUCCGCAUGGGCGAUGAGCACCUUCGAGCGAUCUAUGGCAGGCGCCACGACUCCUCCUCGGCGCAGCGGGCGAACCCCAGACUUCUGCGGACCCGAGUUUUCGGCCUCGCCUGCGCUGCCUGGUUCCCGACGCGGCGAGGCGACACAGCGCACCUACCUCGAAGACAGUGCAGUGACCGUACAGAUCCGCGGGUCUCACGGCCAGGUGGCUGUUGGCGAUAGUGCGGCCACCCUGGCGGCCAAGAAACCUGUGAGCUCGCUGGACGCCUGGCUGGGCCCAGUGGGGCUCCUAGGGCUCCAUUUGCCUGUUGGAAACCGGCACCCGCGUGAGGACUCGCAGUUGCGGCGGGCGCGGUCCCUGCCGACCGCCGCCUUCGAAGGGUCACCAGCGCCGCACCCGUGCCGCUCCCUGGCGCCGCACCUGGUACUGGACUUUGGGCCCAGCGGCAGCUCGGAGGACGACCGAGUCACACGCCUGCGGCCGGCCAAGGAGGCCAUUCUUUGCCUUGCCUGCGGCAGCCAGUUGGCCACGGACGCGAACUUUUGCCCCAAGUGCGGGCGAUCCCGGGAGUCGCACGAGCUCCGCGAGAUCCGGGAGGAGAGGCCCAAGCGCCCGGAGAGACGUGUUCACCUGAAUCGGCGCGCAAUGUCCUCGGGCAGCAGCGGUGAUCAAGUAAGGCGAGGUGCAUCGCUGUCCCGGCGGCAGAUCUUGCCCUCGGACAGUGAGGAGGUCACCCUGGAGCCGGAGGCAGUGAAGGUGAGCUCUCGGAAGAAGACGUCAAGCAGGCCGCGACGUGCGAUGAUCUCCGAGGCUCGCAGCGGUGAUGACAAGUCGCAGGAGGCUAAGACUGAUGAGGCCUUGGACCAGGCAAAAGCGCUGGCCGCGAAACAGGCAGAGGCUGACGAAGCAGCAGCGGAAGCUAGAGCCUCCGCAGAGGCCCGUGUCGCAGCCGAGGCAGAGGCCGCAGCAGCAGCAGCAGAAGCGAUAGCCUCCGCAGAAGCCCGCGCCGAAGCCGAGGCUCGCGCGUCUUCUGCGACCGCAGAAGCAGAAGCCGCCCUGCAAGCUCGCCGAGCGGCCGAGGCGAAGGCGCAGGCUGCGGCCGAAAGUUUGUCCGCGGCGGAGCAGAGGAUCGCCGCAGCAGCGCAGACAGCUGCAGAGGCCAAAUCUGCGGCCGAUGCCUGGGCUGCGGAGGCCAAGGCGAACGCAGACGCAAAGGCGGCUGCGCACGUGCGGCUGACAGCUCUGCGGAAUGAGGCGGCCAGCGCCAGCGACCGCGUUGCGGGUCUCGGGGAGCUCAAUGAGCGGCUGCGCUGGGGGCUGUUGGCUGCCGGCCUCCGACAGAAGGAGCUGUGCCUUGCCACGCGGCUCCUGCGCGUUGCGGUUGGGGACUUCCGAAGAGCCCAGGACACGCAGCGCCGCUGGCGGCAGGUGGCCUUUCAGGUGCAGAAGCGCCAAGUGCAGCGCGUGGGGCAGGUGGCGAGGGCGGUGGCUGAAGAGCUGCAGUGCCACUCUGCUGCGGGAGAGAAGUGUCAGGCGCUUGCCGCGCAGCUGCGGCGCCGCGCGGUGCGGCGGUUGGCCGCGGCCGUGGCGGCCGCCGGGCGGCGCCGGAGAUGCGGUCGGCAGAUGGUACUGGCCCUGCAAGCUUGCGCGCGGAGGUACAAGGCCGAUGCGUUGAGCUGCCUGCGCCGAGCCUGCCAUGCAGGCUGGCGCUGCGAUCUCUUCGGGCGUGCGCUGAGGGCGCGGCAGAUGGAGCAGCGGCUGCGACGGGCGCUGAAAGGCUGGCGCCUGGUGCAGGCACGGCCGCGGCGCCUGGCCGCGGCCCUGCGGGCGCCCACGGGGCGCUGCGGGAGCUGGGCGCUGCAGCGCCUGGCGCGGCACGGCCUGGAGCUGCGCUGGGAGCAGCGCCUGGGCCGCGCCGUGGCCGCCAAGGCCCAGUCGAUCCAACACGAGAGCCAGCAGCGGUUGGAGGCGGUCCGCGGACAAAUGGAGGAGCGGGUCUACGGGCUCAGCGGGCAGAAGGAGGAGCUGCUGCACCGUCUCGCCACCUCCAUGGCGCGAGAGGUGAAGCUCAUCUCCAGCUUGGCGGACCGCCAGCUGCUGGGCUGCGCCUGGGCGCAGUGGCAGCUGUGGCGGCGCCGGCGGGCGGCCGCGCGGCGCCUGGGCCGCCUGCUGCUUCGGCACCUCCGGAGGAGACACCUUCAAAUCUGGCGACGCCAGACGGAGGUGGACGCGCUGUCCUAUUUGGAGGUGCAGAUCGACUGCUUCGAUUCCUUCACCUCCAAGCGCAACGCGCUGUGCUGGCGCGUGCUGAGACGCUGCGGGGGUCUUUGGACCUCCGAGCUGCAGGACCUGACGCUGGUGGCGGCGCUGGGCGCCUGGCGCCUCGGCGCGGAGGCGGCAGAACGGCGCCGCCAGCGCCGGGCCUUGGCCUGCCACAGGCUCCAAGCCGCAGGCCUCCAGCUGCUGCGAAGGAGGAUGUGGGCUCCCUGGCUGUCUUGGCAGCAGGCGGAGGUCAGGUCGCUGAGCACGGUGAUGCGCCAGGUGGAGGAGGCACAUGCGCGUGAGGAAGUGGAGCAGCUCAAGGAGGAGCUGGACAAAACGCGGCGCCAGGCAGCGUCUCAGCAUGAUACCCUGGCCGCAGAGUUCUCCCAGCUGCGGAGUGGGCAGCUGGCGCUGGAGCAGUCCAGCCGCGUGGCGGCGGCCGCGUGGCUGCGCCGGGGCUGGGCCUCGCUGGCGCGGCAGCUGCGCGGGGCCGCGCUGCGGGCGAUGCUGCGGCCCCUGGCCGCGGUGCGCGCCUGGCAGCUGCGCAGCGAGGCGCUGUGUAGCUCCUGGCGCUUCCUGUGCUCUGCCCUGCUGAGAGCGCAGCCCUGGCACUUCAGAAGCAGCAUCGCCCUGCAAGCAGCCGAGAAGAUGCGGCUGCGGGCGCUCCAGGUGGAGCAAGCCGAGAUCGAGCGAGCCAAAGAAGUGAGCAGAUCUGCGGCGAUGGACGGUUUGAUGAAGUCCUUGGUGUCCUCCCUGCACCGCGCGUUGCGUGACCGGCUCCUUUGCUGGCAGCGCGCCUGUCUGUGGGGCGGCCGGCAGGCCGCCGAGGGCCGGGGCUGUGCGCUCGCAGAGCUUUGCGUCAAGUGGACCGCGGCGAGGCAGCUCAAGAAGUGCCUCGGGGCCUGGCACGGCCGGGCCACUGGGCCGCGGCGCCUCGCGGCUGCUCUGGCCGUGCCCAUGUCGCAAGGCCUCUCCUGGGCAUUCAGGAAGCUGCAAUGCGUCGCCGUGCGGAAACGGCAGGCGGCUCUUCGCAGCGCGUGUUGGGGAGCCGCGGCGCGGCGCCAGCGCUUGCGCCGGCUGGUGGACUUCUUCCGCGCCUGGCGCGGGGAUGCGCUGGGCGCGCGCCUGCGGCAGCGCCGCACGCGGCACUUGGAGUGCCGCAAGCGGCUGCGGCUUUGUCGCUCAGCGUUCCGGUCCUGGAUCGAGCUGGGUGCCUAUUUUCGAAAGCUUCAUCGGAUGAUGGCGCUGCUGCGGCGCAGCUGGCGCUUCGGGGGCCUGGUGCGGUGGCGGCUCCAGGACGCCCGGCGCAGCGCCAAGACCGGCGCGGAGCAGCGCGGGCACGAGGAGCUCCGGCGCGCGUUGGCCCAACAGAAGGUGAGCUGCGAGUACUUUGUCGAGGCCCAAAGCCGGGAGUGCGCCGCGCGCACUGCCAAGGCCGAGAUGCAGCGGGAGCGCGCCUACCAUGAGCAGGUUCAGGCUUUGCAGCAACGCGCGUUAGCUGCCAACCACGAGGCGCAGGAAGAGGAGCACCGGCUGCAGCUGCGUGUGGCCAAGAUGGAGGAGGAGAUGCAGGAGGCGAACCAGAAAUCUGAGAAAGCGAUGGAGCAGAUGCUGCAGGAGAAGCAGCGUGCCGUUGAGCUGCAGACCUGCAUUGCCGAAGAUCAAGAGAAGAACAUCCGCAACCUGGAGGAUCUCCUCAAGGAGCAGGGUGAGCUCCUGGCCCAUGAGAGGAAGGAUCACGAGCGCCUGCAACUGCGGUUCACAGAGGCCGAGGACCAAGAGAAGGUCAUCCGCAGCCUGGAAGAGCGCCUCAAGGAGCAGGGCGAGCAGCUGGCGCGGGAGCGGAAGGAUCACCUGCGGAGCCUCGAUGCGCUGCGCGCCUCGUCUGCCAUGUCAGAGAGCAAGUACUGCUUGCUGCAGGAGCAGGCCGAGAUGCAGCGGGAGCGCGCCUACCAUGAGCAGGUUCAGGCUUUGCAGCAACGCGCGUCAGCUGCCAACCACGAGGCGCAGGAAGAGGAGCACCGGCUGCAGCUGCGUGUGGCCAAGAUGGAGGAGGAGAUGCAGGAGACGCACCAGAAAUCUGAGAAAGCGAUGGAGCAGAUGCUGCAGGAGAAGCAGCGUGCCGUUGAGCUGCAGACCUCCAUUGCCGAAGAUCAAGAGAAGAACAUCCGCAACCUGGAGGAUCUCCUCAAGGAGCAAGAGCAGCAGCUGACGCGGGAGCGGAAGGAGCAUUUACGGGGCGUGGAUUCGCUGCGGGCGUCUGCUGCCAUGUCCGAGAGCAAGUCCUGCCUGCUGCAGGAACAGGUGGUGGCUCUGCGGCAGCAACUGCAGCGGGAGCAGCAGGAGCUCAUGGCAAGCGAGCGCGCCUGGUCCAGUGACCGGGCGGCCCUUCUCUGUGCAGUGACCAACUCCUCUCUGCCGCCGUCCCGGGCGCGGACGCGCAGCUCCUCCCGGCGCAAGGCCUCGCCGGCCCCCGCCUCGCCGGCGCCAGGCCCCGGCGGCUCGCCGGGCGGUGCCCGCUGCCCCUGGCGCGAGAGCUCGGAGCGAAAGUUGGGGGCGCACGGUCCUGGUGCGGCCCGCAAGCUGGCGCCGGCUUUGAUGUGAGGCCGAAGCGAGCGGAAAGAGAUGCCCGCUGCCUCGGAACGGCCGCUGUUGACACCCCUAGACUCUUGCCCGGCCGGGCGGAAUUGUACUAUAGCCUCGGGGAAGUGACAGCACUCCUCAUUCCGAAUCAAAGACGGUC